UUGACCUGAUAUAUGUACAUUGAAAAUCUCGAGUAACAUCAUUACACGUCUUGUUUUUUAUAUACGCCGAUACGUGCAAUGAUUUACUAUUAAAUAGUGUUGUCAGUUAUGAAGCGACUCGUGAUUAAAAGCGACAAUGCGCAGAAAAUCAUGUAAUUAACGGUUCUCUGAGAGAAUCGGCAGGAAUGAUGAAUCGCGAAUAUCUACGCGGGACGGUGCAGGCACUGCCAGAUUUUUCACUGACUUUUCGAAUUAACGUCGUCUGAAUUUUUACGAAAGUAUGUUUUCCUCAUUAUCAAACGUUUGGGGCAUGAUAGGCGAUCUAGCAGUUGAUUAUAUCGACGUGGAUUUUACUCUGUGGUUAACAUGGCUUCUGACUCCUCUGCUAAUUGCAUUCCUGCUUCCGAUGGUUAUCGGUGUCCUCCUUUAUGCCACUGCCACGAUAUUGUACGUCUACAAGUUGCACUGGACAAGACUCAGACAUGCAUAUGAUGGCGAUUGGAAAAGUGCCUCACGCAGUAUGGUUGCUGCUGUUUGGGAUGCUCAAGGAUGGAUAUGGCAUGGAUAUGAGAUUGUCGGUCUAGAAAAGAUUCCAAAGGAUGAGGCGGUUUUGUUUGUCUAUUAUCAUGGAGCCAUUCCGAUAGAUCUCUACUACUUUAUCUCCAAAGUGUUUCUUUUUAAUUCGAAGCUCAUCCACUCAGUCGCAGAUAGAUUUCUCUUCAAGUUUCCUGGCUGGUCGAUUAUCUCCGAUGUAUUGAAAGUGAUUCCUGGUACUAUCCAGACAUGUUCUUCAAUCUUGAAGGAAGGGAACAUGUUGGCGAUAUCACCGGGAGGUGUUUACGAAGCACAGUUUGGAGAUUGCUAUUAUCGACUUAUGUGGAAAAAGAGAGUGGGAUUUGCAAAGGUCGCGCUAGAUGCCAAAGUGAGUAUAAUUCCUAUUUUUACGAAGAAUCUUAGGGAGGCAUUUAGAACAGUAAGCUGGGGCAGGAGGAUAUGGUUAAGAAUAUAUGCUGCAACAAGGUUUCCUCUUAUGCCAGUUUAUGGUGGCUUCCCAGUGAAGCUCACAACUUACGUAGGUGAUCCGAUUCCGUACGAUGGCAGUUUGACACCCGAAGAGCUUCAGUCAAAAGUGGCAGCUGCUCUAGAAGAUUUAAUAAGGCAGCACCAAAAGGUGCCUGGAAGUAUUACACGAGCUUUAAUGGAGAGGUUGCCUUUCUUCAGAAAAUGGAUCAAAGGCAAUGAAUUAAAUGGGUUCGCAAUUCAGAAAGUAAACGGUGAUACAAUCAUGCAUAAUUGAUUUAACGUACUUAAAGUUACAUUUGACUUUUCUGUGGAAAGUCAGUGACGAUCUAGCCAGGAAGACGAGGAGUGACAUUAUUGCAGUGAUUUAAAGAACUCACUUUAAGGUUAAAGUAUUUAACGGUGCUUGCAGUAAUUACAAGCAGUAGCGUCUUAAGAACAAGUAUUCUACACUUUUAUAGUUCUUUAGAAUUUCUUGGGAUAAAUGAAUAUAAUGUAAUGUUUAACUGAAGAUCAUGACAUAUUUGUGCGUAUAUAGUGUGCAGUUUUGCAUUACGUUGAUCAUUUGUAGGAUCAAUCUGCAUGCGACAUUCCAGUCCAUUAUGAAUUUUCUAUAUGUACUUGUAUAGAUGAGGUUUACAGAUCUUUUUCUUCGGUAAAUUAAGUAGAAGAGCCAAGAACUAUCCAAUUUGUUAGAACAUCUAUAGCGUUGAAUGCUAAAUGUGAUUCAUCACAGAUGUACUUGAAUCAUUAAAAUGUUGGAUUAUUUUAUUUAUUGCUUUUGUAUAUAUUAUGUUAA